GGGGGGUUUGGUUACUCUGCAGAGCACUUGUGCUGACUGCAGUAGAGAGGAAGUACCUCAGUGCGUCAGCACUCUCAAAUAAAUGAAGAAUCUCUGAUCAAUCCCAGCGACUGCAGACACACACACACUCUCAUCAUCUCCAGAUCUCACGUGUCCACUGCUCUGUAAGAUGUGAAGUGACCACCCCAACCCCCCCGGUGCUAUGAACAAGAUGAUGUUUCUGUUGAGCCUCUUCCUCCUCUCUGUGAGCCACGCAGACAAGUUUGAGGAUGUGUACAGUGACCUGGAACACUACAGGACCAUUUACAUCUCAGAAAAUGGUCCUCAGCUCACAGUUGACACAGCACAACCCAAAGUGAUCUCUCAACGCGGAGGCAACAUCACACUGCCAUGCAAAUUCAAGCGGGAUCCCUCAUCCGUCCCGAACCCCAAGCUGAGGAUUAAAUGGACCAAACUCACGUCAGACUACCUGAAAGAGAUCAAUGUGUUUGUAGCCAUGGGCUUCCACAAAAAGAGCUACGGUCCCUUCCACGGCCGCGUGCACCUCCUGAACGACGGCGAGAACGACGCCUCGCUCGUCAUCAAUGACAUCACACUGGAGGAUUAUGGGAAGUAUAAGUGUGAGAUCAUCGAUGGACUUGAAGAUGACACGACCGUCGUGACUCUCGACCUGCAGGGCAUCGUGUUCCCCUAUUUUCCUCGUCUGGGUCGCUAUAUCCUGAACUUCUAUGAUGCUGAGAAAGCUUGCAGAGAUCAGGACGCUAUCGUGGCGUCUUUCGAGCAGCUGUACGACGCCUGGAGAGACGGUCUGGACUGGUGUAACGCCGGCUGGCUCAGUGACGGAUCCGUUCAGUACCCCAUCACCAAACCCAGAGAACCGUGCGGAGGCAAGAACACCAUCCCCGGCGUGAGGACUUACGGGAUGCGAGACAAGCAAAAAGAGAGAUAUGACGUCUACUGCUUCACAUCUAACUUCAGAGGACGUUUCUACUACUUGAUACACCCUUCCAAACUCACGUACGACGAGGCGGUGCAGGCCUGCAAGAAAGACGGCGCUCAGAUGGCUAAAGUGGGUCAGAUGUACGCGGCGUGGAAGCUGCUGGGCUACGAUCGUUGUGACGCGGGGUGGCUGGCGGACGGUAGCGUGCGUUACCCCAUCUCACAUCCCCGCCGGCGCUGUAGUCCCACAGAGGCCGCCGUACGCUUCUCUGGGUUCCCGGAUAAGAAGCAGAAACUGUACGGCGUCUACUGCUACAAGAGUGAGAAAUGAGACGCCGCGCUAACUUGAGAACUGAACGUUCUGAUGUAAGGAGUUCGUUCAAGUGUUAAACUGUGACAAAAUCUCUAGAUACUGUAAUACAGAAUGAAGGGAAGUGAUGGGGGUUUGGUUGAAGCUAGUCGAGACUUCUCCAAAAAUAUUAACAUGAGGCUAAGAAAACAAAGAUGUCACACACGGAGUUCUUCUGUUAAGCGUGAGGUAUCUUGAGGGAUGAUGGGAACGACAGUAAAGCUUCAACACAUUCAACCGUUACCUUCUGACACUUAGUUUAUCAUUUAAAAAACAUGACAGCUCAUAUAAGAUAAAGAUUAUAAAUCGUUCGAUCACACGUUUUCCUUUUGCCAUUCUGACAGGGUGCUAUAAUGUAUCACUUUCUAAACACUUUUCAAACCAAGCCAUGUUGAGUCACAUCAUUUAGAAAGAAAAAUAUAGUUUUUUUAAGUACUGAAAUAUAAAAGUAGAGUGCUGUUUAUGUUCAUUCUCUUUCUUAAAGUAUCAAACAAUGUUUGCAUGUGAUCUUCAUCAUAAAUCUUCAUUUGUGUUUCACAGCCGAUAUGAUCAUUUCCUGAAACAAUAGAAAACAUAUCCCCAAACGUUUCCUCCUGCAGAGGCGCCAAACGUUCAAAUAAAUGAGUUUGCUAGAGAAAGAAAGCACAGUUUCUAGUUAUGAAGACGAGUAGUUUUAGUCUAUGCAUGUUACUGUUUACAAAGAUCAACACUGAGGUGAUGAUAAAAGACAACAGUGAUGAUGAUGAAGAUCUUACUUAGUACAAAAAAACAGCACAAUGUGAUUUCUUAUCUAUUGUAGACCAGACAGACCUUGCAGGUAAAGGUUUACAUGAAGAACUCAGAAAAAACUGAAGUGCACAGUUAGCAUGUGCAAAAAACCUUUAGAGAAACAAAAGAGACUGCCAAACUGAGCAAAAAACAACAACAAGAGGUUUUAUUAACAAUGUUAUAAAUGUGCGCAAUUGAAGAUUUCGAGUUUUAGCCGCUGUAUGGAGUUACGUCACAAAAGAAAAAUAUGUCAAAACACACAAUGGUUCUAAAUAAUACUGGACUUGCAGUUGUAUUCACAUUCUUUAGCUUUCACUCCGGCGAUGGUCCAUGUGCCUUGUUUACAAGAUUUCAGAUUCACUUUUAGAACUGAAUGCUUAGUAGUGUCUUUAAAGGCAACAUUUGACACCCUUGUUUCAUGUACAUCAAAUAUACCUGAAUGAUUUGAACCUAUCGAUGUCGACAAAACAUUGGACCUAAAAGAAAUAAACUAGUCACAUAAACGUGU